CUCUUCUUUGUUAUGGAGUUUGUGAAUGGAGGGGAUUUGAUGUUCCACAUCCAGAAAUCCCGUCGCUUUGAUGAAGUCCGAGCCCGAUUCUAUGCUGCAGAAAUCAUUUCAGCCCUCAUGUUCCUUCAUGAGAGAGGCAUCAUUUACAGAGAUCUGAAACUGGAUAAUGUGUUGCUGGAUCAUGAGGGCCAUUGCAAGCUGGCAGAUUUUGGAAUGUGCAAAGAAGGAAUCCAUGAUGGGAUCACUACUGCAACAUUCUGUGGAACCCCUGACUAUAUUGCACCAGAGAUUUUGCAGGAGAUGCUUUAUGGUCCUGAUGUUGACUGGUGGGCGAUGGGGGUACUCCUCUAUGAGAUGCUCUGUGGCCAUGCCCCAUUUGAAGCUGAAAACGAGGAUGAUCUCUUUGAGGCUAUCCUCAAUGAUGAAAUAGCCUACCCAUCAUGGCUCCAGGAAGAUGCAGUGAUCAUCUUGAAAGCUUUCAUGACAAAGAACCCUAAAAUGCGACUCGGCAGUAGUGCUUUGGGUGGAGAGAAGGAGAUUCUCCUGCACCCAUACUUUAAGGAAUUGGACUGGGACCUGCUGAACCAGCGCCAGAUUGAGCCACCUUUCCGACCUCGAAUCAAAUCAAAAGAAGAUGUGAGUAACUUUGAUCCUGAAUUUUUAAAGGAAGAGCCAACCUUGACUCCCAUUGAAGAAGGAAUACUAUCCAUGAUCAACCAAGAGGAAUUUAGAAACUUUUCUUAUACGGAUCCAGAAUUAGAGUCUUAGCUCCAUCGUGCUGACUGGCCUCUCCGUCCUGAAAUACAGGAUUGCCGAGACAUUUGUUCAACUGGAACAUCCAACAGGCAGGCUUAUACUAUGCAUCACAGUAAAGAGGAGAAAAAUGUUUUCAGUCAUGAAACUGAGGAGCUCAGCAGGAACAAAUAUUUCUUCCAGUAAAUGAUUGAUGCAGAAGCUUGUUAGCUCUGGAUGGCUACUGAAGUAACUUUGCAAUAACUAUGGGGAAUUUCUGGAAAGACAAAAUCAACUCUGAGCCAAAACUAUCUUUAUACAGCACUGAUUUCCCAUGAAAUAACUCUGUUGAAGUAUCUUCUGAAAUCAGGGAAGCAAAAAGAGAAUAGAGUUGACUGGUUUGAACUGUAUUAGGGAAAGGUUACAAGUACUACUAUUUUGCUUAGAGGAUAUAGAUACAGUUUUUCUCAAAUCUGAGUGAGUACACAUCUGUUAGAAACAUUUUGGGCUUCCAUUUACAAAUAUAUGUAAUUAUACACAUUGACAGAAAAAGGAAAGGAAAGGAAAGGAAAGGAAAGGAAAGGAAAGGAAAGGAAAGGAAAGGAAAGGAAAGGAAAGGAAAGGAAAGAGGGAGGGAAGCAAGCAAGCUGCAUUGAAUUCUACUUAGGAUAUUUGAUGAUAUGGAAUGGGAUGGGAUCAGGUGGGAAGCCCCACCAUGCCCAUUUCCAUCGGUAUCCAGCAGAUACUGCCAAUCAGGUAAAAAGGGGAGCACCAUGGUGUUCUCUCAUGUUAAGGAUAUGUGUCCAUGUGAAGGAACAAGAGAAUCAAUCCAUCUGCUACCUCUGCGUUAGGAUGAGGGAAAUAUCUGCAAAUUUGUAAAAUACUGAGGUUUUGUAAAAUUUGGCUAAUUUAGUUUUUAGGGUUUUUCUUCUUUUUUAUGACUUCUGUUCUCCUUUCCUGAAUUUCCCAAACAAAAUGAAGCCGAUUCUGUCUUUUAUCCAAAGACAAUUUUACUUUGAUUCCCUUUACAAACUGAUGGCAUUUUUGACUCU